AUGGCCAGCCCCGGGAGGCCGGGGGCCGCGGGGGCCCAGGAGGACGGGGAGGACGUGGGGGGCUCCGGGCGCAGCGGGGCCUCGGUGCUGGAGCGGGCGCAGGAGCUGUUCCUGCUGUGCGACAAGGAGGCCAAGGGCUUCCUCACCCGGCUGGACCUGCAGGGCCUCCAGAGCGACCUGCCCCUCACGCCGGAGCAGCUGGGGGCCGUGUUCGAGAGCCUGGACCAGGCCGGCGCCGGCUUCCUCACCGCGCGGGAGUUCCGCCUCGGCCUGGGGAGGUGCGUGGGAGCGGAGCCGGCCCCGGGCCCGCCACCCGCCUGGGCGCCAGAGGAAACCUUUGAGUCGGGCUGGCCGGCGCCGGGCCCCGGGGGCGCCCCGGAGGAGGACGACGAGGAGGAGGCGCGGCCGCGCGCGGCGCUGGAGCAGCUGGGGGUGGCGCGCGCGCUGGCGGAACAGCGGGCGGUGCGGACGCUCUGGACCCGGCUGCAGCGCGAGCGGCCCGAGAUGCUGGGCUCCUUCGAGGACGUCCUGAUGCGCGCGUCCGCCUGCCUGGAGGAGGCGGCUCGAGAGCGGGACCGCCUGGAGCAGGCGCUGCGGCGGCGGGAGAGCGAGCACGAGAGGGAGGUGCGGAGUCUGUGCGAGGAGAUGGAGCAGCAGCUUCGCGACCAGCGCCAGCGCCUGCAGACUCAGGACCUCCCGCGGGAGGAGCAGAGGGGCCUGCUGGAGCUGGAGCUGCACCAGCGGGAGCAGGAGCUGGAAGGUGCGGGCGCGCGGCAGCGGGAGCUGGAGCGGCAGCUGCAGGCCCAGGCCACCGAGCAGCUGGAGGCGCAGGCGCAGAACGCCCAGCUGUGGCUGGCCAACGAGGCGCUGCGCACGCAGCUGGAGGGGGCGCAGGAGCAGCUCCGCCAACUGGAGGGCGACGCGCAGGGCCGCCGGGAGCAGGCCCAGAGAGACGUGGUCGCUGUCUCCAGGAACAUGCAGAAAGAGAAGCUCAGCCUCCUGCGGCAACUGGAGCUACUCAGGGAGCUGAACACGCGGCUGCGAGACGAGAGGGACACCUGUGAGGCCAGGUGGUCAGGCAGCGGCCACAGGAAGGCUCUGACCACAGCACCACUGCCAGGGCCCCCCCGCUGCUGCUGCUGCUGCUGCUGCUGCAACUGGGCUUGCCCCCCAAGACGGGGCUCUGGCCACUUUCCCAGCGCCCACUGACCAGCUCCACGGGACACACUGGAGAAGCUGCUCCGUGAAGGCAGCUCCUCACUGGCCUGCGGGGCCUCUGCUCAGGAGGCUCCCAUCCUGCAGCCACAAAGGAACUGAGUGGGGGGUCAGGGGCACAUGCACCCCACCAGCACCCCACACGUCCCCAUCCCAUCAAACCCACACCAUCCAGCAGGAAACGCCCUCCAAAUAAAGCCCCCCAGAUGCCCUGCACCCUCCUCACCCCUGUGUGUGCCACGGCAUUUGUGUGUCACUUGGCAAGGUGUCCAUGGCGCGUGUGUGGCA